AUGCGCUGCACAACCAUCCAGCUCCUCAUCGCCAGCAUCGCCCUCGGCGCUCCCCUCGAGCCAGGCCUCAACCAGGGCAUCAAAUCAUGCACUAGUAACGAAUGCAAUACAAUCAAUGCACGGGCAGCCCCUGCCCCCCAGGGAACUAGCCUCGUUGACUUCUCCGCUGUUCCCACCGUUGGCACUCUGGGACAAAAUUAUAAGACCGAUGUGAUACAGGGUCGUGAUGUGAUUGAUGCCGAAGAUGUCGACGAGGAGAAGCAGAGCGAUGAGGCCAUCGCUGCUCGGGAUGUUGAAGACGAUGAUGACGAGGCUGGUGUGGAGGAGACUGACGACGACGAGACGGAUGAGCACCGGAAUGCCACCCGUGAUGCUGAAGAUGAUGGGGCCGAUGCUGAUGAGGCCAAUGAGGCCGGCGAGGACGAAGACAAUGACAACAUUGUCGAAGCCCGCAGCAUCGACAAGCGCAGGAACAGGAACCACGGCGGCAGCGGCAGUCACAGCAGCCACAACAGCCACAGCAACAAGGACAACAAGGACAACAAGGACAACAAGGACAACAAGCCCAGCACCAAACCCUCAAAUGCAAACCCAGCUCCCAGCAAAACCACUCAACCCCCGAAAACCACCCAGCCCCCCAAAACCACUUCUACGCCCAGCGCCAGCGCCACGCCUUCCGGCCGGGUGUGCAAGAACAAGAGCAUGAGCAAGAACAAGAGGGAUGUCCAGCCGACUGACCCAGCCAGUCUCUGA